AUGUCACCCGCUCCCUUUGCGCCUGCGCCAUAUCCAAGCAGGCCCGCGCCGUCCAAGCAGAACGACGACCCUGUCCACGAUGUCCCACCGACCCAUCCUACGGCUCCGGCCCAGCAUCCGGCGGCGGAGGGCGGUAGGGCAGUGACACCCCCUCGAGCCCGGCCCAAGUUACGCACCAAGACAAGCCCCGUUGUCCUCCGCUCAGGCCCAUCGUUGCAGGAUGCCGUCCAACCUCAAUUGUCCGAAAGGGACUCCAUCUUUGCUACCCACUAUAUGCAGACCGAAAGCCCCGAGGCCUCACCUGUCUUGAGACCUUCAACCGGAUCCAAGGUGGAAGACGAGGCGCUGGAUAGCUCUGGUGCAAGCAUGGCGGUGUCAGCGCCUCUUGGUGGUGCCCAUGAACAUAGCCUGACGUCUUUCAGAGAUACGCCAGACUCUGCCCAGUCCUGGCAAUCACAUCAGAAUGGCACGGGCAGGCGGAGAGUCAGUAGAUCAAGCCUACCGAACAAACAAAAUCGACGCUCCCUCUAUGAUCUCAACGAUCUACUUAGCAGCCACGUUCUGCGUGAAUCCAAUGAGCUCUCUCCGACGUCCAAUCUUGCGCCGCUCGAUGCGCCGGCUACACCUCCCACCACCAAUCUCACUUCCGACAGCGACCAAGACAUAGCACGCAGCGCUGAGAGACAGCAGUAUCGGUCUUGGCGGCAAGGCAAAGCCAAGCUCAGCGGCAUGUCUAUUGCAGAGUCUCAAAUGCGAAAGAGUAUGGUGGAGCAUGGUGUUGAACAAUCAAUUGAUGCACAGCUACCGAGACAAGAGCAAUCAGUGGCCAAUGCGCGGAGCAGGAAAACGAGCCAUUAUUUGGGUCUCUUCCGUGAUCAUGAGAAGACAGAUCAGCGUACGAACGAGCAGCAGGACACAAGCAGGAAGCGGGAAGUUAUGCGUUCACGGUCUGACGAACGCACACUAGAUCAAGCUGCGGAGCAAAAGCUGCCUGCCAGCCUGGACGAUCUCACAGAUACGCCAAAAGCAAGAGAAGCUGCAAGAUCACAAGACCGUACAGCACACAACUUGCCGCUGGACCUGCUGGAAGAGAUACGAAACCACCACCAUCUUGCUCCUGGAGCUGCCUGGCUGAGGUCGUAUCACAAGGCGGUUCCAGAACAAGACGACAAGCAUCGAAAGGUGAAGGAGAGGGUUCAAAAGGCGGAUCAAGAUGAGGACUCAGACCGCGAGCAUAUUUCUUCAGCGACCUACUUUCCUCACAAGGGUGUCUCUAUCGGUGACUCUCCUACGGAUGACCACAUGGUCCAGCAUGAAGAUGAAGAAGCCGGCAAGGUGCCUGAGCAAAAGGAGAAGCGGGAUGAUGUCGACAUAUCGCUUCAUUCUCUCGACACUAGAGAAUACCUCCACGGCGACAUCUCGCUUUCACGAGCGCCAUCCACAGCAGACUUCGAAAAGCUCCCGAAACCAUUGAUUGACAACGAAUCUCAGCCCUCUGAUUCAGAGUACGAGUCAUUGUCAGAAGGCUAUGACACGCUGACAUCUGAGCGUGACGAGACAGAGACCACGCCGACCGCUACGCCAAUGCUGGUGGGCCAGGUCAAGGCCAUGUCUCCGGAACGCAGACGCGCGCAGCCUCUCGCACCGCCCAUUGGCGCAGUAGAGCUCAAGCCGUACAGACAUCAGGUGGGCGGGCAUACCACGGUGUAUCGCUUCUCUCGUCGAGCUGUCUGCAAGCAGCUCAACAGCAAAGAGAACAUGUUCUACGAAACCAUUGAAAAGCGGCACCCGGAGCUCCUUGGAUUCAUGCCCAAAUACAUUGGCGUGUUGAACGUGACGUACCGGAAGGAGCAGAAGAAGCGGAAGCAGACCCCGUCUGAAGAUGGAGCUAACACGCCCAGUGGCGGACUUGGGCCCUCAGAGGUCGAGGCCGGAAAAGCAGACAAGCAAGCAGCCACUCAGGAGCAGCCACGCAUCAUCAGUCACUCCCAGCAGGCACCUACAACCAUACCACAAGUCAUCUUCGAGAACAACCGACAUCUCAUUCCGGAAGACUUGUUCGGCUUGCCUCGACGCUCCAUGACACCCGAUCUGCAGCGCACAAUCUCCACGCCACCAUCUCGACCAGGCGGCGGCAGCGACGACGAGGCAUCUGGCAGUGGCUACCGCCCGUACUUGAAGGCAAAGGCGCAUUCGAGCUGGGGCUACACCACUGUCAAUGAUCAUCUCAGAGAUAGAGUCCUCCGAGAAGUGUUCAUGGAUCCGAUCAUUCAUCGACACAAUCGCAGAGACCGUGCACAUCACACUGCCAGAUCCCUGCAUAAAGCAUCGAAGUCGACGCGAGAUGACAUGCCUACGCUGGAAAGAUAUAGUACUUCUGACAGCAUGACAGCACUUCGAAAAGAAAAGGACGGCUCAGCUCUGUUGAAGGAUGCAACGACGAAGAAGCUGGAACGACCACAGACUGAUGCUGGCCGCUCUUUGGAACUCUCGAAAGAUGGACCCAACGCUCUUAGUAGGAGUGUGGACAUGGCAGGCGAUGAUAAGAAGUCGCUUUCUGUCCCACGUGGCAAACAGCAUCGACGGAGACAUUCGGGCAGCGGUUUGAUACGGAAGCCGAAUGAUGUGGAGGGAGCGCGUGGCGAUCUGGAGUACCAUGAGGAUGAAGCGUACGGUGCGGAUGGUGAGGACGAGGUCUUCGCUAUGGACGAUGUCAAGAAGAGCCUCACCAAGCCGCAAACCAAAUCUGCUGAGAAGGAUGCUGCUAAGAAGCCUGCUGGCGACGAUCAGUCAUCUUCUGCUACUACGUCACAACUUCCGCCGCUACCGAGGCUGGCUCCGUCAGUCCACUUCGCAACUGAACCCGAGCCACGCAACCCGGAAGUAUCCCUCGUCCAGCAAGAUGAGCGCGUGGAGCACUUCCUCCUGCUAGAAGAUCUCACAGCCGGCAUGCAGAAACCCUGCGUGCUCGACCUGAAGAUGGGCACCCGCCAAUACGGCGUCGAUGCCAACGAGAAGAAGCAAGCCUCGCAACGCCGCAAAUGCAAGACCACCACCUCCCGCGAGCUGGGCGUCCGCAUCUGCGGCAUGCAAGUCUACAACGUGCGCGAGCAGAACUACCUCUUCCAAGACAAAUACUACGGCCGCGACCUCAAAGCCGGCCGCGAGUUCCGCGACGCUCUGACCCGCUUCUUCUUCGACGGCAUCGGGCACGCACAAGCACUCAAGCACAUCCCCGCCGUGCUCGAGAAAAUCACAGCGCUCGACCGCAUCAUCCGCGAGUUGCCAGGCUACCGCCUUUACGCCAGCAGCCUGCUCCUGAUCUACGACCGCGGCGACGCUGACACGAACGGCAAACAACGCCCCCCUCAACCGGACAACGGCAAAGACGCCUCCACGGCGAAAUCCGAACCCUACCCCGACAUCAAGCUCAAAAUCGUCGACUUCGCCAACUGCGUCACCGCCGAAGCCGCCGAUUCCGUCCGCGACCGCCCCGCCCCUCCGCAACAUCCCGGCGACAUGGACCGUGGCUAUCUGCGCGGUCUGCGGACGCUGCGGAUGUAUUUCCAGAAGAUCUGGGAGGAGUUGCAUUAUCAGCGGUACGUGGAGCGCGGGGAGGGGGAGGGCAUGGCGGUGGAUCGGAGGGGGAUUUCGGGCGCGGUGACGAGUGUGGGGUGGGGGGACAGUAUUAUGGAGGAUCCGGGUGAGGUGUCUGUUUGA